AUGGACGAGACGGUGGAGGAAUUCACGCUUCCCAGUACCGGAAGCCGCAACACCGCCAAUAUUCAUCCCAAAACGAGCCCCGAAUCCCGGGCGGCCCUUCUCGCGGAAGCGCCCUCGCAACCCAUUGACACCUCAUACCAACCAUACAUCCAUCCAGCCCCCAGCGGACCAUAUUCUCGGACCUCCGCGAACUUCGCUCCCGCUCUCUCUCCGCAACCGCUCUCCUACAACCCCCAGGAUCCCCAACCGCCAGGCGGCUUCCACGACCGCGAAGGCCUAACGACGGCCUACACCGGCCCCAAAAAUCGACGCAAGAUGAAGUUUUACAUCCCGACCUCGGCAUGGACGUGGACGUUCAUGCUGACGACCAUCUUCCAGGCGAUCAUCGCGCUCGGGCUAGAAUCAUAUGUAUUUGCGCGAUUCCAAUUGGAUUUGAGGAAUCUGCAUGAAAACGCCAACAGUGACAAGCAGACGGAGACGCGGUCGAUCCCCACGUACCUCUCGUUGCUGAUAUUCGGGCUCGUGUACCAGCUGUGGUUGGUGUACGAUGCGUUGCGGUUGAAGAACACGAUUCAAAUCAUCGGGAUCUGCCUCUAUAACCUGGGGAUUAUGGUGUAUACGUCCAUUCAGCUGGACCAGAUCCGCGACGCGGUGGAGGUGUUGUCGGGAAGGGAUCAGAUCGAUAUGACGUACUGGAAUCAGGUCAAGAACAUCUUGAUCGCGGUCCCGGUCGUGAUUGCGCUGGGGACCGCACUGAUGAGCUUCGUGGCGUGGAAGUUAUAUGGGGAGUUCGCCUGGACCAUCUAUAAGCAAAUCAGUGCGGAUCUACGGUUGAAGAGGAACUAUUUGAUUUUCCAGAUCUACAUCGCGCUGCUAAAGUUCGAUUUCUUCUUCUUCCUCGGCUUUACCAUCCAGUUCAUUGUCGUCGUCAAUAACACCACCGACGUGGAGUUCAUCCUCACCAUCAUCGCCAUCCCCAUCACCAUCAUCAUCCUCUGCAUGGCCGCAUACUGGGUCAAGCGCGAAAACAUCGUCGGCAUGAUCAUCAUCAUCGCCCUCUGGCACGUCUUCCUCGCCUACUUCCUCUUCAAGCUCAUCCGCAUGUACUCCACCGACCCCCGCCGCAUGGAAGACUACCGCCCUGCCCGCCGCACCCUCACCUCAUUCGCCGUCAUCACCAUCAUCCUCCUCAUCGUCACCAUCACCAUCGCCAUCUGGUGCACCCGCAACUUCAACACCGGCCUCAAGCCGCACAUCGUCUCCGGCCGCAAGAAGCGGGGAGACAGCAACGAGCCCGCCCAGGAGUGGCAGGACGAUCGGUAUGAGGGCUACGCGUCGUAUGGUGAGCCGGGGAAGGCGGCGCCGGGGUACAGGCCGUCAGACGUGCCGUUGUCGAACCACCCAGGCGGGAGCCGGUUCCAGAUUGAUUAA